AUGCGCGUCCUUCUACUCGGCGGUCACGGCAAAGUCGCCCUCCACCUUACUCCGCUCCUCCUCAACAGAGGCUGGAAUGUAACCAGCGUCGUUCGCAACCCCGCGCAUGAAACCGAGAUUCUGGCUCUAGGCCAAGGGCACAAGGGCACUGUCAAAGUGCUAGUCUCUAGUCUAGAGGAUGUAAAGAGUCCCUCAGAUGCUCAAGUAAUCAUCGACACAGCUACACCGGACUACGUCGUCUGGUCUGCUGGCGCCGGUGGUGUGGGCGGCCCAGCACGCACAAUCGCUAUCGACCAAGAAGCCGCGAAGCACUUCAUGACAGCCUCCUUCGCCACACCGGGAAUUAGCAAGUUCCUCAUGGUCUCCUACCUCGGUAGUCGGCGUAAUCAGCCGAGCUGGAUGCCAGAUGACCAAUGGGCGGGGUUAGUGAAGACCAACUUGGAAGUCCUGCCGACCUACGCGAAAGCCAAGAUAGAAGCCGACGAGUACAUGACAGCAUUGGCUGAACAGCGAAAGCGCGCGUCUGGAUCGCUGCCGCCUUUCCAGGCUAUUAACCUGCGGCCUGGCAUUCUGACCAACCAGCCUGCGACGCGGAAGGUCGCCCUGGGGACCACGCCUAACGGCCGGGGAAGUGUCACUCGGGAGGAUGUGGCAAUUGUCGCAGAUCUUCUACUUUCUAGGGCUGAUACGGAGGGGUGGAUUGAUCUUGUUAAUGGGGAGGAAGACGUUGAGGAGGCUGUUGAUAGGGUUGCGAGGGAGAAGAUUGAUGCUGUUGCUGGGGAGGAUGUUGAGGGAAUGGUUAAGAGGUUCUUUCCGUAA